AAACUCAUGAAAUAAUUGAUUUAUCUAAUAAUUUCGAUAAUGAGAAAUAUGAAACUUAUAUAGAAAAAAAAUGGGCAACAUCAACUUAUACAUUUUUAAAAUGUAAAUCUUGGCCAAUUCAUCUUGUAAUAAAAGAGAAUAAAAAUGUCAAAGUCCUUUUAAAAGAUUCUUCUCAAGCUAUACUAUUACCAACAAAUAUUUCAUUUGGAGAACGAGCUAUGUCAGCAAUAUUGAUUUUUGGUAUUAACCCACGUCGUAAACUUGAUGACAAGUAUAUGGAAUUUCUUAAAUUAACCAUGAGUCAUGUGAAUGCAUUUUUGAUGCAUGGAAAAUCAGUCGAAGAAGAAAAAAUGCAGUCGAAAUUAUUAUCUGAUUUAAAUCAUCAGAAAGUUAUGUUUUUUCAUAACAUAAGUCAUGAAUUAAAAACACCUUUAACCUUAAUGUUUUCACCACUUGAAGAAGUCAUUAAUACAUGUCCACAGGGAACGCAAAUGAUGUCACAUCUACAAAUUAUAAGACGUAAUACUUUUCGAUUACUUAAAUUAAUUAAUACUUUACUACAGUAUUCAAGUAUAGAAUCUGGCCUAUUAGAUGCGAAUUAUCGUGAAACAGACAUAAUUGAGCUUACACGAGAAUUAGCCGUUAAUUUUGAAGGAAUGGCCAAAAAAUUGAAAUUAGAUUAUAUAAUUGAUAUUCCAAGUUCAAUUGAUUUUAAUAAAUCUGUGAAAGAUAAAGUUUAUCUAGAUCAUGAUAUGUAUGAGACGAUUGUUUUUAAUCUUUGUUCAAAUGCAUUAAAACAUACUUGGAGUGGACACGUCAAAGUUCGAGUUGGUAUUCCAGAAACGGUUCUUCCAAAUAUAUUUCAACGUUUUUAUCGCGUAGAAUCCCAAAGCUCACGUAGUCACGAAGGCACGGGAAUAGGUCUUACUCUUGUUAAAGAACUUGUUACGCGUCAUGGUGGAGAUAUUACUGUAACUUCAGUAGUAAAUAAAGGAACGACAUUUAAAUGUUGGUUUCCGAUUGGACAUCAACAUUUACCAAUAAAUCAAAAAUCCUUUAAUGAUAAAGAAAAUUUACCAAAUCAAGAAAAUAAAUUAUUUUCAAAACAACAACUUUAUUUAGAAGAAAGUUCACAAUGGAUACAAGAUAAUCCAAUUGUAGAUAAUGAUGAUGAUAUAUUAAUUCAAAAAUUAAAUGAUUGUAACUUAGAUGAAGAUCAAAUGUCAACGAAAGAUGUUGUAUUUAUGAAUGAUUCCAUAAAUAUCUAUGAUAAUAAACAUCGAUAUCAAAUUUUACUUGUUGAUGAUAAUUCUGAUAUGCGAAAUUAUUUGACGGAUUUGCUAAAAGAAUUUGAUGUACAUCGUGCUUGUGACGGUCGGGAUGCUAUCCGAGUUUUAAAAAAGUUAAACCAACUACCAGAUUUAAUCCUCAGUGGCAA